GGCCAUUGCGCCGGCCGGUCGCCGCCGUUCCGCUGCCCAACCCGCGCCGCUGCGCCGCCGCGACCCGCGCGGGUGCGCCGACGCCGCAGCUCGCGCCGCAGCUCGCGCCAGAGGCUGCCCAUAGAGAGCGGAGGGCUCCCUCGCGACGCCGGCGCCGCGGGACUGCCCCGAGGCAGGCUAACCCCGCGGCGAGCAGCAAAGAUGGGCGCCGUGAACGGGAAACAAACUAGAAAACGGCGCGACGCCCUGAGGGAAGGCAACGCCUGCGCGAAGAGCUGCCCCGGCCUCAAGCCGAAGCACGUCAAGACGUUGUAUAAGUUGUUUCGCAAGGCGGACAAGGACCAGUCGGGCGAGAUCUCGGUCCUGGAAUUCCUCAUGUUCUUCGAUAUCGACCGGACGGUCUUCGCGGUCAAAGCGUUUACGCACAUGGACGACGACAAGAGCGGCGAGAUCGACUUUCCGGAAUUUGUGAAGGCGGCCUGGGCCUUCGUAAGUCUGUCGAAGGAAGGGUUGAGGAAUUUUGCGUUUUCGAUCUAUGACCUGGACGAUUCGGGGUCCAUAGAUCGGUUUGAAGUGGAGGCCAUGGUCCACGAGCUCUACGGAAGCCAGUGGCGCCGGUCGCGUCUGGCCCGCCAAACCCUAAAAGAACUGGCCGCGCGCAAACAGCUGUCCCGUGCUGAAUUCGUCGACUUCGCGCGGACGCACCCCGCUUUGCUAUUCCCGGCCUUCCAGCUCCAGGGGUCGUUAAGGACGGCGUUAGGCGGGGCGCGCAUGUGGGCGUCCAUCGCCGAGACGCGCGCGCGCGCCGCGGACGUGCCGCCGCCGCCGCCGCCGCCCCUGACGGCGACCGGUAGAGGUAGGCGCAUGGCGCAGCAGGCGACGGCCGACGUCGUCUCCGUCGAUCCGCCGGACGCCGCGCCGCGCCGCUUCUCGCGGCAGAUGGCGCCGUCCGCGUCGCGCCUGCGGCUCGACGAGCUGCGACGGGCGGAGACGCCGCGGCCGCCACUCCAGCGGGAGAAGGCGAAACGAGUCUUAGACGAGGCGGACAUCCGCAACUGGCGCGACGGCGCGCCCCACCUCGACCUCGCGCGGAACUCGCAGCUCAUCAAGCAGAAGGUCGAGGUCGUGCGGCCGCGGCCGCCGCGGCCCGACUUCGGCGGCGACAAGGAGAACUUCUACCGGCCGAAGGCGUCGCAGUUCGAGGCGCGCCGCGGCCACGGCGACCAGUUCGGGCCGCGCACGUCCGCCGUCGAGCGGACGCGGAAGCGGCGGCCGCUCGGCCCGCGCGCGUGACUCUUGACCAAGACCGAAGACCCAACCCCCCGGGGCCCAAGACCUAAGAUACACGUUCCGGGAU